UCAAGGGAAGGGCUUACAGCAGGCUUCGUGCUAAAAAUGCCCGAAAACUCUUCUUCAAAGGCACUUAGCUCAAAACAAAUCCCGAUUAUUAGUGCUACAAUACUUCUUGUUGGCACCACCACGCUGUUUUUUGUGUUUGUAUGUCCACAUCUUAUGAGUACUUACUCUAUUGCAAUACCUAUCUACGAGGGARUUUUGACAUUUUUUGUUCUGGCUAAUUUUGCGCACGCAACSUUUCGAGAUCCGGGAAUCGUUCCUCGAGCUCCACCUAAUCCAGAAUUUGAAGAUGAUUUUAAAGCACCAUUAUAUAAGAAUAUUGAUAUUAAUGGAAUUACAGUACGCAUGAAAUGGUGUGAAACCUGUCGGUUUUACCGUCCACCUAGAUGCUCACACUGCAGCAUUUGUAAUAACUGUAUAGAGAUGUUUGAUCACCAUUGUCCUUGGGUGGAUAACUGCAUAGGGAAAAGAAACUAUCGAUAUUUCUUCUUAUUUGUCUUCUCACUUUCAUUGGACAUAAUUUCUAUAUUUUCUUUAUCUUUGGUACAUGUUCUGGACAGAAAGUCUGACAUACGAAUGCCGGAGGUCAUAAUUUCUAUUGUUAUUCUGUGUAUAUGUAGUCUGGCCGCGGUACCUGUAUUUGGUCUUACUUUCUUUCAUAUKGGUUUGGUUGGAAUGGGACGAACAACAAAUGAACAGGUUACUGGAAAGUUUCGUAGUGGUCACAAUCCAUUUGAUAAAGGGUGUAAAAACAACUGUGCUUCUGUGUUUUGUAUCAGUCAGUAUCCAAGAUACUUAGGAUUUAAAGAAAGAUAUCAAAAGAUGCAAGCAACUACUGCUAAAACUAAUAAAAAGAAGACCAAACCAACAGAUGACACUGAAUUACAUGACAUUAGAAUCCACGUAUCAAGAGAUGGUCCAAAUAAUCCAACAGACAGACGAGAUAACAGAACUUUACGACCUGAGUCGUUUGUAACAGCCAUUAACUCCACACCGCAGUCUCUUGCGUAUAUCAGUGCUACAAACGGUAAAGUAGGCACGUUAAAAACCACUCAUGAAGUCACAUUUUUGACAGAGACAGUGAAUCAGUUCWUAAAUUUGUAUUGCCMMAAWUYMAMYUUUUCUUGUAUAAUCCUUAACAWCUUUGUCAGUAUUGUUAUUCUGUGUAUAUGUAGUCUGGCCGCGGUACCUGUAUUUGGUCUUACUUUCUUUCAUAUKGGUUUGGUUGGAAUGGGACGAACAACAAAUGAACAGGUUACUGGAAAGUUUCGUAGUGGUCACAAUCCAUUUGAUAAAGGGUGUAAAAACAACUGUGCUUCUGUGUUUUGUAUCAGUCAGUAUCCAAGAUACUUAGGAUUUAAAGAAAGAUAUCAAAAGAUGCAAGCAACUACUGCUAAAACUAAUAAAAAGAAGACCAAACCAACAGAUGACACUGAAUUACAUGACAUUAGAAUCCACGUAUCAAGAGAUGGUCCAAAUAAUCCAACAGACAGACGAGAUAACAGAACUUUACGACCUGAGUCGUUUGUAACAGCCAUUAACUCCACACCGCAGUCUCUUGCGUAUAUCAGUGCUACAAACGGUAAAGUAGGCACGUUAAAAACCACUCAUGAAGUCACAGUUUGAUGGCAGGAGUACAUCCAGUGAUAUCAGGACUGUUAUCCCAUAACACCUGGCAACAUUCCCAUGGUAAUUCAACCCACCAUCGUGCAACCAAGCCAAUCAACCAAGGCAUUGCUUCCUACAAUCACCAGAACCACUUAUAAUGAACUUGUUGAACAAGUUUUCGAUUAAUCAAUUGCAUGCCUUAAUAUAUUAGACACAUCUUUCGUAUUUGCGGCGAUUUGUUAACGUUCCAUGUAAGGCACCGUCCUAUAACAUAUGCGUUUUGACUUGUUGCGUUUUAGUAUUCUGGGUUCCGUUUCUUGCGUACGUAAAACGGUUCAUAUUCGUGUAAACGGAGCYUGACGCGUUUCUAGUAGAACAAGAAAAGCUAUYACAAAGUCUUUAAAAUAAUUUCCGACCAUCAACAAUGUAGACGUUAUUGUUCUUUUGAUUAUAUGUUUAUACUUCGACGAUUAAAUUAUCAGACUUUGCAGUUCGUAAUCAGGGUAAAGGCCUGUCAUUUUGUAGUUUAAGUGUAAUUUUUUGUGUUCGUUUUUCUGAUUUUUUCCUUUGGGUUAAGGUUUCAUACAAUGUACAAUGUUUCUAAAACAGAACAGGACAGUUUUCUUUUUUCCUUCUAUUUUCUUCGCUCAUUGACGUUCAAUUCCAAGUAUCCUUUCGCUAAAAAUCGAUCAAUGGUGAUCCUCUUACGUGUUCUUCUCUGAAUUCUUGUUUUUAUUAUUAUUGUUACUAUUAUAUUGAAAAGAUGAUUAUUUCUUCAAGCUUUGAGCAAAUUUUGGACUUUAAUGGGUAAUUUCUCACUUCGAUUUCAAACGAAAGAAAGAACAUUGAUUAGUUUUUCACGYAAUGRGAUUUUCUUAYUUGRUCACAUGAAUGAACUUAGAAACUCCCAAAGCUACCAUCCUGAAUUGGAAAAAAGCACUCBACCUGAGCACUCGUGCUUCUAGRCAUUUUCGGAUGAAGUCCUAAGAAACACGAAGCAGAUUUCAGUAACAASUUCAAUAAAUCAUUUUACCAAAUCACAGCCUUUGCCCUCCCCUGAGGGGGUAUAUUUUUGCACGAGAUGACCUCGGUUCUUCCAUGAUGCACUAUAAUCAGAAUGAUGUAAAUAUUAAUGUAGAUAGUGGUUAUACAAAUCAUGUAUAUCGAGUUAUUUUGUUAAGGUGGAAUACCGUUAAUCUAAUUCAUCAUAUUCAACUGUAAUGUCUCAAAUUGAAAUAAAAGUUGAUUAUAAUGUACACAA